AUGGCCGCCGCAACAACCGGCUUCAUAACCCUCCCCGACAACGUGCGCCUCGCAUACUCGCAGUCCGGCCCUCCGACCGGCCCCAACAUAGUCUUCAUCCCCGGGUGGAUCCAAACGGCCGCGCAAUUCCACAAGCAAGUGUCCCACUUCCAGACCCGCUUCCGCGUAACGACGUACGACCACCGCGGCCACGGCGACUCCGACAAGCCGGCCUUCGGGUACCGCGUCCCCCGCUUAGCCGCGGACCUGGACGCGCUGCUGAACCAACUCGACCUGCGCGCCGUGACGCUCGUCGGACACUCCAUGGGCGCGAGCGUCAUAUGGGCGCACCGGGACCUGUUCCCGCGCACGCGCAUCGCGAAGGUCGUUUUUGUAGAUCAGGCGCGGACGCUCGUGUCCCAGCCCACCUGGUCCGACGAGCAGAAGUUACAAGCGGGCGGCUCGUUUUCCGCGGAUGCGUUAUACGAGACCGUGGCCCUGCUCACGGGGCCGGGGGGCGACGAGGUGAGGAAGCAGUUCGCGAGGAGGUUUUACAGCGAGGGCGUGGAUGAGGAGGAGUUCGAGUGGGCGGCGCGGCAGAGCGCGAAGGCGCCGAAUGAGGUUGCGGCGAAGAUGAUGUUGGGGCAUGCGAUGCAUGAUUGGGGAGAUGUGUUCCCGCGGUUCGAUGUGCCGGUGCUGGUUAUCUCAGCUAAGGGUAGCUUGCUGCCGGUUGAGAGCGGGGAGUGGAUUGUGGGACAGGUCGGGAAGAAUGCGCGGCAGGUGGUGUUUGAGAAGGAGGAGGGAGGGAGCCAUUUUAUGUUCUUUGAGAACCCGGAGAAGUUCAAUCGUAUUCUUGAGGAGUUCCUUGACGAGUGA